CUUAUGAUUCAACUGAAUUUUUUGAUCUCUUUAUUUUUUUAUCGGACCGAAAAUUGCAAAUUUGAUAGCCAUUCUCAUCGUUCGUUCGUCAUCGGCCCGGCGCUGGGGCCGAGGCCCACCAGCACCAUUCUCAUCGUCCUCGCCAUGCUCAAAGGGGAGCUGGGCAAGUACCCGAACACGACGAUCGGGUUCGUGCACGUGGACGACGUGGUGCUGUGCCACGUCCUGGCCAUGGAGGACGCCAGGGCGUCCGGGCGGCUCAUCUGCUCCUGCGACGUGGCGCACUGGUCGGAGAUCCUCGGCUCGCUCCGGGAGAGGUACCCGCAGUACCCCAUCCCCACCGAGUGCAGCGCCCAGAAGAGGGACGACCGGCCGCACAGGAUGGACACCGGCAAGAUCCGGGCGCUGGGCUUCCCGCCCUUCCUCUCCGUGCAGCAGAUGUUCGACGACUGCAUCAAGAGCUUCCAGGACAAGGGCCUCCUCCCAUAGUCGUCCAAGCUCAAGCUGCAAUCGAUCGACGUCGUCCCUCGACUAAUGAACGAAACUAGCUGCAUUGAUGGCUGCCAAUGAGUUACUCCCUCCAUCGUCUCAAAGUCUAAGCAAGCAUCCCUAGUUUUACUACAUGGCAUGAGCGAUGUGCACAUGCCUUGCUGAUGAAGCACUGGACUGCUUGUUGCUGAGACCACCCA